UCGGUUGCCGAUUGCACCAAUAGGAUUGAGCCAGAGGUGGAACCACGCAGCUGCUGGAUCGACUGGAGGUUUCUCUUUGUGUGUUUAUUUCAGAUAACUGCGGGAUCUCUCAAAGUGAGUGAAUGAAUGGAUAUUUCCAGGGCCUCUGAGAAAUGGAUAAAACCAGACAAGGAGAGAUCUGUCUCUUCGUUAAUGAUGCUAUCCAGUAAGAAAUCAGACCCUGGCUCCUCAUCUUCAUCUGCCUCCUCUGUGCCAGGAGAUGGAGCCCAGGACCUGCAGCUCCAGUCCCAGCCUGGGGCCCUGAGUUCUGUCGCCGGCUCCUCUGAGAUUGGGGUGUCUGCGGACCGCACCCCCAGGAAGAAGGAGCGGGCCUCCCCGAGCGGGGACCCCGGUGGGCCUCCUAUGCCACACUCCGCCGCCGGGAGCAUGGAUGGGGGAGCCGCUGACACGGCAGAGGGGCGCAGGACCAGCCGCCGCAAGCGACCAAAACUUGCAGAGGUUCCAGGGAAUCUAAGGGGAGGUUCCAGGAGAACACAGAUAAAACGGACCUUGGUGGAGUAUAGAGAAAUGGACGAGAGCCUGGCUAACCUCUCUGAAGACGAGUAUUAUUCAGAAGAAGAGAGGAAUGCCAAAGCUGAAAAAGAGAGAAAGCAGGUUCCGCCACCGCCCCCAGCUCCCCCCGUAGAGGAGGAGAACGACAGCGAACCAGAGGAGCCGUCUGGUGUAGAGGGGGCAGCUUUUCAGAGUCGGCUACCCCAUGACCGCAUGACAUCUCAGGAAGCAGCCUGCUUCCCUGACAUCAUCAGUGGCCCUCAGCAGACACAGAAAGUGUUUUUAUACAUCAGAAACCGCACACUGCAGCUGUGGCUGGAUAACCCCAAAAUACAGCUAACCUUUGAAGCCACCGUCCAGCAGCUGGAAGCACCAUACAACAGUGAUGCAGUGCUUGUCCACAGGAUACAUAGCUACUUGGAGAGGCAUGGGUUAAUCAACUUUGGCAUUUACAAGCGAGUUAAACCCUUACCAACUAAGAAGACUGGAAAAGUGAUAAUAAUUGGCUCAGGAGUCUCUGGCCUGGCUGCUGCCCGUCAACUGCAGAGCUUUGGGAUGGAUGCCACAGUGCUGGAGGCCAGGGAUCGUGUGGGAGGAAGAGUGGCCACUUUCCGCAAGGGGAACUACGUUGCUGAUUUGGGAGCCAUGGUAGUUACAGGGCUUGGUGGGAACCCUAUGGCUGUCAUCAGCAAGCAAGUGAACAUGGAGCUGGCUAAGAUCAAACAGAAGUGUCCCCUUUAUGAAGCAAAUGGACAAGCUGGCGAAAGAUGCACCAGUGUUCCGAAAGAAAAAGAUGAGAUGGUGGAGCAGGAGUUCAACCGCCUUCUGGAGGCCACGUCAUACCUCAGCCACCAGCUGGACUUCAACUUCCUGAACAGCAAGCCGGUGUCCCUGGGCCAGGCUCUCGAAGUCGUCAUCCAGUUGCAGGAGAAACAUGUGAAGGAUGAACAGAUUGAACACUGGAAAAAAAUUGUGAAAACACAAGAAGAGCUGAAAGAACUUCUAAACAAGAUGGUGGCGACGAAAGAGAAGGUGAAGGAGCUGCAUCAGCAGUACAAGGAAGCCUCGGAGGUGAAGCCCCCCAGAGAUAUCACUGCUGAAUUUCUUGUGAAGAGCAAACACAGGGAUCUCACAGCACUCUGCAAGGAGUAUGAUGAAUUGUCUGAGGCGCAGGUGAAGCUGGAAGAGAAACUACAGGAACUUGAAGCCAAUCCCCCCAGUAGUGAUGUGUACCUCUCAUCAAGGGACAGACAGAUCUUGGACUGGCAUUUUGCUAAUCUGGAAUUUGCCAAUGCCACGCCUCUUUCAACCCUUUCUUUAAAGCACUGGGACCAGGAUGACGACUUUGAGUUCACAGGCAGUCACUUGACAGUUCGGAACGGAUACUCGUGUGUUCCUGUUGCUCUGGCAGAGGGACUGGAUAUCAAACUGAACACAGCUGUGCGGCAAGUCCGCUACACGUCAUCAGGUUGUGAAGUAAUUGCUGUGAAUACCCGCUCCACCAGCCAGACCUUCAUUUAUAAAUGUGAUGCUGUGCUGUGCACCCUCCCCCUGGGUGUUAUGAAGCAGCAGCCUCCUGCCGUGCAGUUUGUACCCCCGCUUCCUGAGUGGAAAACCUCAGCCAUCCAGAGAAUGGGCUUCGGAAACCUCAACAAAGUGGUGCUGUGUUUCGACCGUGUCUUCUGGGACCCCAGUGUUAACCUGUUUGGUCAUGUGGGGAGCACCACAGCCAGUCGGGGGGAGCUCUUCCUAUUCUGGAACCUGUACAAAGCUCCAAUCCUACUGGCCCUGAUGGCUGGGGAGGCAGCUGGCAUUAUGGAGAACAUCAGUGAUGAUGUGAUUGUGGGGCGCUGCCUGGCAAUCCUCAAGGGAAUUUUCGGUGGCAGUGCCGUACCACAGCCUAAGGAGACAGUAGUGACGCGCUGGCGGGCUGAUCCAUGGGCCAGAGGCUCCUACUCCUACGUAGCUGCUGGGUCAUCUGGGAAUGACUAUGACUUGAUGGCACAACCGAUAACACCAGGACCUGCCGUUCCUGGAGCUUCGCAGCCGGUUCCCCGCCUGUUCUUUGCCGGUGAGCAUACGAUUCGUAACUACCCAGCCACUGUCCACGGAGCCCUGCUCAGCGGGCUCAGAGAGGCAGGGCGGAUUGCAGACCAGUUCCUGGGAGCCAUGUACACGCUGCCACGCCAAGCAACGCCCGGAGUCAACCCCCAACCCUCUCCCAGCAUGUAGACCACAGAGGGAGAGCAAAUCAAUCUGCUCAAUACACAAGAACUGAGAGCUCGGCUGGGUUUCUGUCUGUCCUGUGCAUUUUUUGUGGUCUCCAUUUACACCUUGUUGUGGAACUGGUGCAAGAAACUGGAGAUGCACAGUCAUCUCAACAGAAAAAAGCUAAUGGGGAGCGUCUUGGAGAUCCACCGUAAUCUCGACAAAAAAGCCGAACAGGGAGCGUCUUGGUGCACAGCAGUCUGAACGCAUUCAUUCACGUUUUGUUUUUAUUAUUCAAACUUGGUCCUCGACCGAACCCAAAGUUGUUUUGGGGAGGGGGGGUUACACAAAUUCUGAAGAUUACCGAGAUGGGUUAGGGUCCACUGUAACAUUUCACACUAAUGUACAAAGUAAUAGGGAUGUAUCAGUCCUCUGCAUCCAACCAGAUGAAUAUUACAUAAAGAUCCAUUUGUGGUAGUCCUAUUGCUUUGAUAACGCCGACAACUGAUUCACUGCAUUCCUUUGCUGUGGCUAGGUAUUUAUUAAACAAUCGUACUAAACACAAGAUCAUACUGUCUAUGAGAUUAGGAAACUUGACGAAGCCAGUAUUUAUCUGUCUGAAAACAGUAAUGAAGACAAGCUGAAAUGGUCACAUGGCCAUUUUAGCCUUUUUUUUUUUUGUAUUUGGUGUACAACAUGAUUACAGUGCUUUGUAAGAUUUGAUUUGACAUUCAAUGUAGCAAUAUCAAACUCUGUUGAAAAUGGAUGUAUUGGCCUAUUUCUUUCCUUCUUUGUUUCUCUUUGAAUGGAAGUCGAGUUUUGCUCAGUGUCUUAUCAAUUAAGUUCCUAGGCUAGCCAGUGCCAUAUGCACUUGUAGCAUUAUCAGUACUGAAAUGUUUUCACUUUGUAGAGCUGCUGUAACCCCAUAGUCAAUUUUUAGUUUAACAAAGUCACAAUUGACCAUUUUUCUUCCUAAUGGUGUGGGAGGUUUGGGGGCAAUUUAAAAAAAAAAAAAAAGAAAGAAAUAAAUAUUAAAUACAUUUCAUGGUUUUAUUUUUGUAGGAUUUUUUUUUUUUGUGGGAGGAUCUACUUUAGUUAGCACAUGAUUUUCAGUUGUGUUUUGUUUUUUGUUACUACAUUCUUUUUUUAUAUUUUGAUGAACGCUCUUGGCUAUAAAACAAUAAAAUAAAAACAAACGGCAUCUUGUCUUAAUUGCGUAAUGGCAAGAUAGAAAAGGUGUCCUAUUUAUGGCUUCAAACGCAUUUUUAUUAUCUCUCAUUUGUGCAUGUUGUCUGCUACAGUUUUGAUGCUGUUUUUGUUUUCCAGAAUUGAGACAGCUUCCUAUCCUAGUUCAUGUCUUGUGUUAUUGCUAACGGGACUCCUCAUGUACAGGUGGGGUCCUAUUACCUGUAACAAAGUGAACUUAUACGGCUGGUUUCACAGACCCCAUUAGCACUAUUCUUGGCUUGCCUAAUGUUACUUUAAGUAAGGUAGUCCAAGGUUAGUCCUAAUUGGGGUCUGUGGAACCAGCAGGGUAAAUGGGGGAGACUUGAGUCAGAAUUCUACCCGUUUUACAGUCUUUUAGGACUUAAAUACUAAAUCUUGCGUAACAUUACCAUAUGAUGUGCUUAUUUUAUUUACUUAAAUUCCCUUAUAAAGUGCCCACGUAUUGUAUUAUGAGUUAUUUAGUUACCUCCAAUGUACCUAAAUGGAAUGUGUUUUCAUUUUGAUCUGUUAGUCAAUUUCCAAGUUACUUUCUGGCAAUGCUUCAAUAUUUCUAGGAAUACAUUUCAUCUAGAGAGUUACCAGAACAUUUGUAGUUCUGCCAAAAGUUACCAUGGAGAAGGUGGAAAUACUGUCUGAAGGCCAGGCUCAGUUAAUCAUUAGGAGUGGCCAAUAGACAAUAAAAUAAGAAACUAGUGCCAUGAGAGAAACGUUUUGAAAAGGAGUGUCCUUGUAGCAGUUGUCUAAAUGUAUAACUUUUUAGUAUUUAAUGUUGUCUUAUGGUUUAGUUUUUAAAUAUGUGGAUACAUGUAUUUCAAAAUAAGUCAAAAUCUGGAUGAGAUCAGGAAAUUAUUAAAUAAACCUUGGGUAUUCCAUUUAAUUAGAAUGGAGCUUUAGAAAGCACACACUGUGGUGGACUGGGCACAGUUCUCCUGUACUGGCUGUUACUGAAGUGUGUUAGUCCACUUCACUCAACACUUGUCUUGUUAGCACUAUCUCAAAAUACAGUUGAUUAUUUUAAGGGGAUGUGAUGCUAUUGAAAGUCAACACCAUGCUUGCGUUUAGAUCAAAAGGCAAUAAAGCAAGAGCAACCAUUUAA